AUGGACGUAGUAUCUCAUGUUUUUCUACGAACGCGUGGCACGCAAGGCGACCUUGCCAGCGACCAACACGUCGGGGCUGAGGCCUCACCUGCAGGCCGUGGCUGUCACAGCCUGAUUCCAAGACACAUAAACCCGGCUCCCCCCCUCCACCAUCUUUUCACCCUUUCUGACCUGUUCAUCCUCAUUCUCAGCUGUUCAUCAUCGCACCGAACCAAGCAACACAAAGUCCCGAGCGAGCCCGAGCCCGAGCCCGUGCCUCGAAUCGACUCGAAGCCAAGGGCACCGGUCGAAGCGAGCCCAACCGACCGAGACAAGAUGGGAGACGCCCUCGCCAUCGCGACCGCCACAACACAAUUCAUCGAACAGACUGUCAAGGUUGUUCGACUAUGUAAAAAGGUUUACGAUAAGGUGCAAGAUGGGCCUGAAGAGCUGCGAGCCUGGAGGUCAGAGCUCGAACAGCUUCAGACCCUCGUGGAAGGGAUCCCACGGGCAGGUGACCGUGGGGCUCCGGCCUUCGGGAGUGAACCGACCAUCAUCAAGACUAUUCAAAGCUGCGCAUCCGUGAGCACCGACCUAUGUGAAAUUUUCGAUCGGUUCGAUUUCCGUGCCUCAGACCCUGUCGGCCGAAAAACGUGGAAGGCUAUUGGAGGCCUCGCCAAAGAGUCAGACAUCCGAGACUCGUUUACACAACUCGAACGCUUGAAGAGUACGCUGGCUCUACAGGUCCAGGUAAUCAGCUCGCGCGAAAACCACCAACAGUCAAGCCAACUUAACCAAGUGAUUGAGAAGGUUGACGAGAUUAAGAACUCAACUCAGACUGGAACCGAAGAGGAGCGUUGCCUCCGGGCAUUGUUUGUCACUGAUCCGACAAGUGACCGAAAUGCCAUAAUCACUGCCAAAGGCAAGAGGACCGCCGGAACUUGCGAAUGGAUCAUCUCGACCGAGGGAUACAAAAGCUGGGAAAACACACCUGAACCAAGCCUUCUCUGGAUAUCUGGCCCUCCUGGAAAGGGGAAAACGUUCAUUUCGAUCUUUCUCACUCAGCAUCUGAAGGCCAAGGCCGUCUCGUCUGGCGGUACCGUCAUCUAUUUCUUCUGCGACAACAAAGUGUCGACAAGAAACACCGCAGUCAAUAUUCUCCGUGGUAUUAUGUACCAGCUCAUUCAAAGCCAUGAAAGAUUACUGCCACUUCUGUUAGGACAUUGGAAAGUCCAACAGGGCGGGCUGUUCUCCGAAUCUUCAUUCGAGAGCUUAUGGGCCAUCUUUCAAGCAAUGAUUUCAGCCCUGAUCGAUACGCCAAUCUACUGUGUGCUUGAUGCGCUUGAUGAGUGCCCCGAAACGUCUCUAGAACCACUUUUAUAUAAACUCAAGGAGCUGUUCGACGCGGACAACAGGGCGAGACACAAGGUCAAACUCACUGUUCUGAGUAGGCGCUAUCCUGUAUGUCUUCCUGAGGCACUCGGCACCUUUAACUAUGUUCGACUGGACGGUGAGGGUCACGACAUUGAGUUGUACAUUCAGGACCAGGUCUCAGCACUUGGCGCGAGAAAGGGCAUUCGCGACGCCAACUUUCUCAAACACAUCGAAACCGUUUUCCACGACCGUGCAGAAGGCACAUUCCUUUGGGUCAGCUUCAUGGUUGCAGAUCUCAACAAGAAAUCGGCCCGGGAGAUUGAAUCUUCCCUGCACCAGCUCCCUCGCGGUCUCGACGCAGUAUAUGAACGAAUAUUGGAUCAAAUCAAACUUGAAGAUCAGGCAGUGGUAACUAAAUUGCUGGCCUGGAUCACCCUAGCUCAGGUACCAUUGUCAGUCUCGGAGCUUUGCGAGGCGCUUCGGAUCGAGGGCACAGAAUUCAUGAAUCGGGAAAGCGUGUGCCAGAGUUACAUUGAAGCCUGCGGCCACCUACUUCAAUUUACUGAGAUGGAUGAUAACAGAUAUCUCGGCUUACUCGGACCGGUGAAUGCGAAGGUUGAAUCGUUGCCACGAGUGACCGUUGUUGGUUUCGUUCACCAAAGUGCAAAGGACUUCAUGCUUUCAAAUUCAUCGCGUUCUGGGAUGACAAGAUGCCAUGUGGAUGGGGAUCAAGGUCACCUGACCAUUUGCCGACGUUUGCUUCAACACCUCAUCCAGCAAGUACCUUCUCAUGAGUUAUUGGGGGAGUACUUGCCACUUGAAUCUUAUGCUGCACUGUACUGGUCUGACCACAUGAGACAACUGGACAAGACAUUAACCCUCUUACUCAUGAGGGAAAAUAAGGAGUGGUUCACCAAGAAAUCUGGCAUUAGGGAUGAUGUGCUAAAGUACAAGCGUCGAUUCGACUCGUACGGAGUUGGGAUGCCGCUUUUGCAUCUUGCUUGUUAUUUGGGGCUGUACCAUGUUGCCGAACAUCUUCUUGAUGGAAAAUCGAUCCUUUCUCGACUCCAAAUGCAACUGGCAGUCGACAAAGUAUUCAAGACAUGGCGUAGAGGAAACCAGACUCCAAUUUACUUGGCAACCGUCGGGGGUCAUGAACGAGUUGUGUCACUGCUCCUGGACCGUGGUGCGGAUCCUACCAAGCCAACUGGCUUUCUCUUUGGAACCGCCCUUGAAAAUGCCGUGAGGAGGGGAGACAUGGGCGUCUUUCAUCAAUUGGCGAAAACGAAGAAGGCUCAAGCAAUGAUUCAGUGCCAGGUACGGCAACAGAACGGCAACGGCACGGACAACCUGCUACAUCAUGCUGUGGAAUCUGGAAACGAGGACCUUUGCAGUGAACUAAUUGAAAAGUACAAGUUCAACGUCAAUAUCACAACCGUAUUUGAAGGGUCGCUAGGGGCACCUCUGGCCAUGGCCAUUGCUCGGGGUAAUGCCCAUCUUGCGCAGAGGCUGAUCCAACGCCACAAAGCUUCGACAGGCAAUCACACAAUGCUCCUCGAAGCUGCUUGCCUGGGGCUUCGAUCGCGCUCCGACAUUUUCAGCUUUCUUGUUGAGGAAUUGCAAGUAAACAUCAACGCCGUGGAUGACAAUGGGAACACAUUCCUUCAUCUCAAUACAUCUCAAAUCUUUAGACCCAACCCGCUGUCCAUGUUGGAAAUCCUCCUUGCCCUGGGCUACAAGUUCCACGGGGUCAACAACAAGAAGGAAACCCUUCUUCACUCUGUAUUUUCCGCACCUAGACAGCGGUUUCUCAGCGAUAAAGAGGGGCUAACGUCGGUUUUUGCAUUUCUUGUUGGAAGAAUGGGGAUUGACGUCAACGCGCAGGACCACGAUGGGCGAACUGCGUUACAUUUAGCGGCGAAGGAUCAAAUCCUACAUCUCUUGGAGGGAUUUUUGGGGCCCACCGUGGAAUUCGCGGCACUUUUGGAUUAUGGGGCAGACCGCACUCUUAGAGAUAGAAAUGGGAAGACGGCCCUAGACUACGUCCUAGACCGCGAAUUAACCCGCUCAUAUGCCGAGGAAAAACACAGGAUUCUGUCGGAUACAAUUCGGAACUACUCAACGGUCCCGGAAGUCCUGAUGUAG